UUUAUAAGGUCAUUCUCUCAUACCCACACAUCCACAGCGGAACACCAGACACAGACAGAGGACGGAGACCCGAGACGCGAGACUUUCUUCUCAUACUUCACUUACCGAAACUCAGAAACGCGUCGCGAUGUUUGAGGAUUCAACUACAGCGUACAGUUAUGAGGAGUGUAAGGCCACAGCUGAUUGGCUGCUGGCUCAGGCUCCAGUGCGCCCCCUGCUGGGGAUCGUGUGCGGCUCUGGUCUCGGAGGAUUGGCAGAAAUGCUGAAAGAUAAGCUGCUCAUUGACUACAGUGACAUCCCCAACUUCCCUCAGAGCACCGUUCACGGUCACGCCGGGAAGCUGGUGUUCGGCACGCUUAAAGGAAAGCCGUGUGUUUGCAUGCAGGGCAGGUUUCAUCUGUAUGAAGGAUACCCCAUUCAGAAGACCACGAUGCCGAUGCGUGUGUUUAAGCUGAUGGGUGUGGAGACGGUCAUCCUGACCAACGCCGCCGGCGGACUCAACCAGGACUUUAAAGUGGGCGACAUCAUGGUCAUAAAGGACCACAUCAAUAUUCCAGGAUUCGCUGGAAACAACCCGCUGGUGGGAGCAAACGACGAGAGGUUCGGCGAGCGGUUCCCGUGUAUGUCGGACGCGUAUGACCGUGAUCUGCAGCAGCUGGCUCACGCGGUCGCGGCGGAGCUGGAUUACUCUUCCUUCAUGCAGGAGGGUGUGUACAGCGCGUUGUGCGGCCCGUCCUUCGAAACCGUCGCCGAAUGCAAAAUGCUGCAGUUCCUCGGAGCCGACGCCGUGGGCAUGAGCACGGUUCACGAGGUGAUCGUGGCGCGUCACUGCGGGAUGAGGGUGGUGGCUCUGUCUCUGAUCACCAAUCAGGUGGUGAUGGACUACUACAGCGAGAAGAAAGCCAAUCACGCGGAGGUCCUGCAGACGGGCGAACUGAGAGCGCAGCAGAUGGAGAAACUCGUCUCCACCAUGGUCUCCCGCAUGAAGACACUAAAGCACUGACCGCCAACACAUCCACACGCACAUCGCUAGACGCUAGAAUGCUAGUCAUAGAUGUCACUUUUUCCCUCACAGUGUUUACAUUCCAGGGACAACGUGUUUUAGGGAACAUUUCACUGCUGUGCCUGUCAUCAAAGUUACUUUAGUUUAAACUGAUCAUGGGAUCAACUGUUUUAAUGUGUAUUUAUUGUGUCUUAAACAUGAUUUAUUUAAAACUUAAGUUAAAUGACAUAAAAUUAGACCAUUCAUAAAGAAACUAUUUUUUAAAAAGAAGCACUGUUACUGAAUUCGCUGUUAGGUAUACUGAAAGUAAAGAUGACUGUAUUUAUGCAACAUAUUUAUGAAAGCGAGCUUAAACUGUAAUGUUUUUGGAGUUGUUCUAAAUUGCACUAAAUGAUGGAGUUUUGUGUGUCAGUUUUAAGACCUGAAUUGCAAUUUUACUGACUUUAACCAGCACUUUUCCCAAAAACAUUUAUUUUAUUGACCUUAACUUUGAAAUUGCACUUCAAUCUCUGUGUUUCAUCGUUGUUUCUAUAAUCUGCUUCAAUGCAAUUAAAAUGAUUUGCUUUA